AUAAAUAAUAAAAAUCAUAUUAAUGAUAAUAUAAAUUAUUCAAAUAAUAAUAUCACAUAAAAUAAUAAUGUCUGAACGUAUCAAUGAGAAGAAAAAGAAAAAGAAGAAGAAGAAGUCAAAGAAUACUUUGGCAAAGAGAACGUCAGAGAUUGAAGCCAAAGAAAAGAAAGCUUGUGAAGAAGAAAAACUGCAUAAGUGGGAAGAGGCAUGGAGACAAAAAGUUCAAGUACAAGAAGAGCUCGACGAUUACAGAUGUUGCCUACAUAAAGGAUUAUGCUUAAAACCAAAGACACAAUCUAAUAUUUGGAUAAAUGUAAUAGAAGAUAAAAUGACUCAAGAAGUUCAUAUUGCUUUCAAACACGCACCUGUCCCUAAACCAAGACCUCCUCCAAUUCCAAAAUUCAAAAGGAUGGAAAUUUCGUCAAGUUGCAAAGACAAAAUUGAUCAAAUUAUUCAGAUGCAAAAAGAGACAAAAGUUAUUAAAAAAAAGAUUAAAAAGAAAAAAUAAUAAUGCUUUUCGAUUUGAUUAAA